GAGAAACAUGCACUAGCUGACAAAUGGCAAACAGUUCCAGAUAAAUGUAUAUCCAAGCGACAUAUCGUCCUCGUUCGUAAUCAAAAUCAUGCACAUAUUUGUCAACACAGGAAAGCGGUUGCUGCUUUCGGUUUUGUUCAUUCAAUUAAUUUCUGCUGAACCAGGUUUCCCUGGCUUGAAUCACAUCCGGACAAGGACACCUGCAUCUAUCCAGACACGUGCAUCGCAGGCUUUGAUUGACAGAAUUAUUGGGAAAAGAGCCCAUGAAUUGACAGCAAAUGUCCAACCAAACCUUGGACCUACAAAUCGAGACACAUUUUUGAUUCAAGCGUCUGGUGAUUAUGUCAACAUCACCGGGUCUACAGGAGUGGCAGUUGCCAUGGGCCUGUAUUACUACUUAACCAAUUACUGUGGGUGUCAGUACACAUGGGCGGGACAACAGAUGAACAUUCCAUCCCCUCUGCCUAAGGUCCCUGCCCAGGGAAUAAAAGUGACCACAAAUGACAGGUUCCGGUAUUAUCAGAAUGUGUGUACAGUGGACUACUCAUUUGUAUGGUAUAACUGGACAGACUGGCAACAACAGUUAGACUGGAUGGCUUUACAUGGCAUCAACAUGCCUUUAGCCUUCACCGGACAGGAGGCUAUAUUUCAGCGGGUCUACAUGAAGAUGGGUCUCACUAUGAAAGAGGUCCAGGAUCACUUUGCUGGUCCAGCAUUUCUGGCUUGGUCCAGAAUGGGUAAUAUGCAUGGCUGGGGUGGACCACUACCUCAGUCAUGGAUUGACCAACAGUUGGUCCUACAACACAGGAUCCUUGACCGGGCAAGAGACCUUGGAAUGAUUCCAGUAUUGCCAGGCUUUGCUGGACACGUCCCCAGUGCCAUCACCAGAAUUUUUCCAAAUGCCAGUGUAUCCCAUUUACCAAACUGGGGUCACUUCAAUUCCUCUUUUUGUUGUAACUUACUACUUGACUUUAGUGACCCUCUGUUCAAGAGGAUAGGGCAUGAAGUAGUCAAAGAGAUGUUGAAUGAGUUUGGUACUGAUCAUAUCUACAACAUUGACACAUUCAAUGAGAUGCUGCCAAAGUCAAGUUCACCAACCUACCUUGCAGAGUCAGCAAGAGCUGUUUUUGAGGCCUUGACAUCAGCAGACCAACAAGCGGUGUGGUUGAUGCAAGGAUGGAUAUUUGAAAACUCUGUGGAUUUCUGGAAAAGUCCUCAAAUAAAGGCAGUUGUAACAGCUGUUCCUAAAGGUAGAAUGAUAAUACUAGAACUGUUCGCUGAGAAUCGUCCUGUGUAUCGUCACACAGAAUCAUACUUCGGACAGCCAUUUAUCUGGUGUAUGCUCCACAACUUUGGUGGUACCAUGGAGCUGUAUGGCAUGUUUGACAGCAUUAACUCUGGUCCAGCUGAAGGGCGUAAUUUCCCAAACAGUACCAUGAUUGGGAUAGGCUUGACUCCUGAGGGGAUCAACCAAAAUGAGGUGAUUUACGAAUUCAUGGCCGAGAAUGCAUGGGUUCCGCAGCCUAGAGACGUAUCAAAGUGGGUGACAGAGUAUGCAAAAAGGAGAUAUGGAAAACCCAACAAAUAUAGUUCAAAGGCAUGGCUGCUUUUACGGGAAAGUGUAUACAAUAACACAGACGGGUUGAAAGAUAAGAGUAAGCAUGUGAUACCGACUUCUCGUCCAUCCUACCAUCCACGACUGACUCCAGAUGUUUGGUAUGACCCAGAGGAUUUGUAUCAAGCCUGGGAUAAUUUUGUGUUAGCUGCCACCCAGCUUAGCAAUAGCUCUUUGUUUGUAUACGAUCUCGUGGAUGUCACAAGGAACAGUCUUCAGGACAUUUCCCUGUCUUACUAUAACUCCCUCAUAACAGCCUUCACACACAAAGAUUACACUCAAGUCAGUUUUAUAGGUGAAAAACUACUGGAUCUUCUGACUGACAUGGACAGACUUCUUGGGUCAGAAGGUCACUUCCUGUUGGGAAAUUGGAUUCAGGCAGCAAGAAAUCUAGGCUUCAGGUCUGAAGACAAGCAGCUGUAUGAGUUUAAUGCCAGGAACCAAAUUACACUCUGGGGACCAACUGGCAAUCAUUUGGAUUAUGCCAGCAAACAAUGGGCUGGACUUAUGCAUAGCUACUACAGACCGAGGUGGAAGGUUUUCGUGGAGGAUUUAAAGCGUAGUAUACAUACGGAAACAGCAUUCAAUCAAAGUGAUUUUAAUGACAAAGUUUUCAACACCAUAGAGCUUCCCUUUUCUACAGAUACACAUACUUUUCCGACAGUUCCAUCAGGAAACACAAUCUCGAUUGUAAAUCAGAUGUACAAAAAAUACAGACGGGAAACAGUGUACAAUGUUUACCGUGGAAAAGGAUGACAUGCAAUCAGAAGACAACACAUAAUGAACUUAAGUACAGGGUGUCAUGUGUUAAAAUGUAUACACUGUCGUAUAUGGGACAUUGCAUAGAUUCAAACAAAGCUGUGUGAUGUACGUGAAGCAGAGAAGGGAAAUCCGAAUGAAAGCGAUAGAGGAUCCUGAAGAGCUAUUCUGAAGAUGCAAAGUGUGUGUAAACAUUUGGAGAAACCGAUUUGUACAAAAGUGCCUUAUUGCAAGAUGAAUUGUGAUUUAGUUGUAAUGUUUGUAUGAUCUGUAGAUCUUAACAUUGUGAGAAGACCUGAAUGUUGUAUGCGUGUUGGGCAGUCCCAUUUGUACUUUUUAUAUGUGCAAUAAACCUAUCUGAAAUAA